GACCGGGUCAGGGACCUAACUCGUGUGAACAAGUGCAAGGUCAAAAACAAUGCCUUGGCCAGUCCCUGUCGUUCAUGAAUUUGCACAGGUCCCCACCAACCCCUCCGAAGCUGACUUCCAUGGGCCAUACAAUAAACUCCUUUACACCGUGUUUCCGGCGGACGGUCCCUUUACAGUUGUUCCUGUGUACAUCCCUGGUUCACGCGAGUUAGCCCCCCCUCUCGUCUUCUUCGAGGUUACAGUUGAGCGUAAACCUGUCCUCAUACUGCUGCUAAAAUCACCCAGUGAUCUUCGUUACCGUUCCCAGCGUAAAGCCGCUGAUAAAGAAAUUCGGGUUCGCAUCGAGGAUUUAAUCGAAUAUUGGCACAUCCCCACGCUAUAUGCUGUUAGUGCAAUGGGAACCAGACUGUGCUUCUUCUCCAAACAGCCUGGCCAGCCUAUCGUACCAAUCACUCCCCUUAGUUCUAUCGACGAGACCAAAACAGUUCCAGAGGAGCAUUGGAGCUAUGACAUUCUGGAAGAAGAGGGGGAGCAGAAAUUCCGAGCAAUGGUUGAAGAGACACAGCAGGCUUAUGCUGCUCUAUGAAGGUUGUGCACAUGUAUCAGCUAUUUUGUAAGUGUUCUGAAAUUGUGCAGUUUGUACGCUCGGGUACAAUUGCGACAAGUGUAUUGUCUAAUCCAAAUAGGAAAUGUGUCAAUGAAAGCAAGCGCUUGACACAGAAGGAAAGCCCGCUGCCAGCCUACUUGAUUUGGUCGUCCUUGUCAUUUCUGUUUUAUUUUUUACCGACUCUGACUCCACGGUUCGAAUCAAAAGAGAUGCAUGUAUGGUGCGGCAACAGUGACAGAUGUCAUUAAUCAACCAUGGACGCUGAAUUUCAACUUGAAAUUCAUGACUUCCUCGUAUCACUUGCAAGUCUCCGUACCAUUCCCCCUUGACUCCCAGUGGCGACAGACACAGCUUUCGCCGUCACUUGUAAUAUAUCGUCCUCGUUGAGGAUUUUUCCCCUGACCCCUAAAUGUCUAUUC